AUGUACACCCCAUCCAUCCUCACGCUCCUCGCAGCAGCAGCCCUCCAUCUGGCAACCCCCGUCUCAGCAAACUACGAAUCCGGCAAAGCAGUGCAGAUCAACUUCUACUCCAACUCGGGGUGCUCCGCCUACACCAGCGAGACGGCGGCGUGGUGGACCCGCUGGCCCCACGCGGCCGAGUACGUCAACGGCGGGAGCGCGGGCGACUGCUUCUCGCUCGGCAUGCCGGGCGCCAGCGGGAGUCUCAAUGUCGCCGGCGUGUGGCGGGGCAAUGGGGCUCAGACGGGCGGCGGGUGCGAUUUGUAUGACGGGUACAACUGCGGCGGCGCCAAGGGGCGCAUUGGGAGCUCGAAUGGGUUGUUGUGGAAGAGCGCUUACUGCGGUGCCGCUUAA